UUGAUGGUCGUCCAAUCGGCAAGAAAAGUACUUUCUAGUGAUCGAAAUCCGCCUAUUGAUGAAUUAAUUAGCGCUAAUAUAUUGCCUAUGCUGGUAUCAUGUCUCGGGAGCGAAGAUCACAACUUGCAGUUUGAAGCCGCAUGGGCUCUGACUAAUAUUGCUUCUGGAACGUCUAAGCAGACACUGGCCGUUGUCUAUGCCAACGCGGUUCCUCUUUUUAUUGACCUUUUAUCAUCACCACAUGCAAAUGUCUGUGAGCAAGCUGUCUGGGCCCUAGGAAAUAUAAUUGGAGAUGGUCCCACUCUCAGGGAUUACGUCAUCCAGCAAGGUGUGCUCAAGCCCUUGCUCAAAUUAUUGACUACUGAUCUCCAGCUCUCUUUCCUCAGGAACGUGACUUGGGUGAUUGUAAAUCUUUGCAGAAAUAAGGAGCCACCUCCGGACCCUUCUGUCAUAAAGGAGAUAUUGCCAGCCUUACUUUACUUGAUUAAGCAUAACGACAAUAGCAUUCUUGUUGACACUGUAUGGGCUAUCUCCUAUCUAACUGAUGGCGGUAAUGACCAAAUCGAUAUGGUUAUCAACGCUGAAAUCGUACCCCAUCUUGUCCCACUUAUGUCUCAUUCAAGCUUUAAGGUACAAACGGCAGCACUUCGAGCCGUGGGAAAUAUUGUCACAGGGACUGAUCAACAGACACAAGUUGUUCUAGAUUGUGGAGCACUCUCUCAUUUUCCACGACUGCUGGCUCAUGAAAAAGAUAAAAUCAAAAAGGAGGCUGUUUGGUUCCUGUCGAACAUUACGGCAGGAAAUCAGAGUCAAGUUCAAGCAGUGAUAGAUAACAACCUUGUCCCAUUCAUUUUACAUCAUCUUACUAACAGCGAAUUCCCCACACAGAAGGAGGCUGCAUGGGCAAUCUCAAAUUUGACGAUCAACGGGAACUCUGAUCAAGUGCGUUAUGUAAUUGAGCAAGGCGUCACCGCUCCUCUUUGCAACAUGCUCAAGACCAGAGAUGUCCAAGUUGUUCAAAUCGUCUUAGAUGGCAUCUCAAAUGCUCUUAGACGAGCAGGCGAUCACUUAGAGCUUGUUACAAACACCAUUGAGGAAUGUGGUGGUUUGGAUCUUAUCGAAGAAUUGCAACAACAUAAUAAUGAGGAAAUCUACAAGCUCGCUUUUGGCAUCAUCCGUCGUUACUUCGGCCCUGUGGCUCCUGAUGAUGAGCUCAGCAAUGUCGCUGUUAGUGGAUCUGAGUGCCCUGCCGAUGCCUUUUCUGAACUCGAUUGUAACCCCGAAUUCACUGCUACUCUUGAUCCUCAGAACACUGGCAUAAUUCAGCAGACUGAGUUUGAGUUUUCUGCUCCUCACGCAGUUGCUGGUGGUGACGGCAGACACUCGGACACCGACAUUGGUGCAUCGCCAGAAGACUUCAACUUUUAA